AUAUUAAGUCACUUAUUUUUUUUAAUGAAUAUAGUUGUAAAUAUAAAUGGGCAAUUUAUUCCAGGAACUCGAACAGGUCAUGAUGCGGUUUUAAUUGGAAAAAAAUUAUAUUUUAUAGGAGGACAUAAUUAUAACAAGGAAACAGAACUUAUAAGUGAUUUUUUUUAUUAUGAUCUUGAAGCAGGAUUAAGCGAUGCGAAAUUGGUAGAUCUAAGAAGUCAGAAAGGGAUAAACUUACCAUAUAUGAUUUGGCACACUGCUAAUAUAGGAGGCGCUAAUCAAGACUCAAUAUUUAUGAUAGGAGGUGUAGGAACCGUAGAGUUAAGUAACAAUUUAGUAUAUCGAUUUGAUACAAGGACCAAUACAACAAGUAUACCAAUUAUUCAGGGAAAUAUUCCGCCAAGACGUAGAAACACAGACUCUGUUAGUUACGGAGGGAAAAUUUACAUAUUUGGUGGACUAAUGAAAGAUGUUAAUAAUAAUAUAAUAUAUUAUAAUAAUUUUGAUAUUUUGGAUACUGUUAACUUGGUUUGGAAUGUAGGUAAUCCAGUAAAUGCACCACUUCCUAGAUACUAUUAUACGGCAACUUUAGUUAAUGGAGUUAUUUAUUAUAUCGGUGGUUCACGAAAGAGUUCAGUUACUAGUAAUAUAAGGGCUAAUGUUUUAAUGUCCAGCAUUUAUCUAUACGAUAUUGCCACAAAUACAUGGUCUUUUAGGAAAGUAAUAGCAGGAGAUAUUCCAGAAUCCAGGACUGGUCAUUCAGCUGUCUUAAUUGGCAACAAAAUUUGCAUAUAUGGAGGAGUACAUAAUGCCAUCACGGUUUUAAUUUCUGCAACACCAACAAUUGCUUUAUUUGAUACUAGUACUUUUAUAUGGUCAACACCCCAACUUGAAAAUAUCAAUACACCAAAACUUAUUGAUACUAAUAUACCAAAACUUGCUUAUCAUACUGCUACAUUAAUAGAUAAUAUAAUGUUUGUCGCUUUUGGAAAUUUCACUGAUUCUACGCCACGAGUGGUUAAUAGAAACUAUUAUAUAUUUAAUUUUGGACAACCAAAUAUUCAAUGGUUUAGGCUUGCACAAAAUGAUAUGGGAAACCCCAAUGCUAACAUUCCUAACAUUCUUAACACUCCUAAUCCUGUUUCUAAUUCCGGAAAUGUAACAAAAUCAACAACAUCUACAACAGAUCAACAAUCUUCUUCAGGAAAUCCAGUUAUCAUUGGCCUAUCAACGGGAUUGGCGGUAAUUGGAUUAGGAACAAUUGUAGCAUUUACAUUAAUUUAUAGACGUAAAAAAAAUCAAAAUUCUGCAACGGGAGGAGAAAUUGAUUCUUUAAGUGCCUCUACUAGUGGUGUUACACUUCAAAUUCCACCUGAUACUCAACAUUCUCCUACUCCUACUUUAGCUCAAUCUCAAGGAUAUUCUCCUGGUCAAGAAUAUUCUACUUUACCAUUAUCACAACAAGAAAGAUUUUCCAAAGAUACUUCAAAUUAUUUUCCAGGAAGUGAAACUCUACCUUCUUAA